AUGGCGGAAACGACUCCAUCGCCAUCACUCGAUGCUGGGAACCCGACCGCGAACGUCACUUUCACCUUUGCUGAACAGGCAACUGCUUCUCUUGCGCUCUAUGGAUUGUCGUUGCUGUGCAUUGUGUGGGGAGGAAUAAACUCGGCAUCUUUUGUGAAACGAUUGAUUGCGAAAAAGCGAUUAGUUGAAACGUCAAUUACAAUCUCUGAGGCAAGGAAAUUCCCAUUGACCGCAUCGAUUGUGCUCUUCUCGCUUUAUAUCUUCUUUAAACCCGAUGGAAAAGAGUGGCUGCUGGGAUUUUUAUCGGUACAUCUUCCAGCUCACAUCUCUGAACGACUGAAUAAGACGCUUCUUCCCGGCGAGGGAUCGACGAGUCUCUUUCAAAAACUAGAGGCAGUGACACCCGAAAAUGCAAAGUUCUUGCUCGAGUACAUUCCAACAAUCACCAAACAACAUUUCAUGUAUUUCCUUCUCGUUUUUCUUUGCUUUGAAGGUUGUGUAUCGCUUGCCGCUAUUCUGAAGCCAAUUUAUCAACGAAUUUUGCGUCUUCUUCCAAUUGGAGAUAGAUGGCCGCGAAAGAACACAUCUUACUUGCUCUCCUUGAAAAAGGGCAAAAAGGAAAUGGAUCAAGGAGAUAUUGAGGAUGCAACCAAGCGGGAUGUGGAGUAUCUGAUGAAAAUUGAAGUCGAUUCGCACGAUAUCAUUGGAAUCUUGAUGUGCAUCCCCGUUGGAAUUUCCCACCUGUACCGAAGACACUGGGUUACAAAUAAUUUGUUGGGCGUUGCUUUCUCCAUUUUUGGAAUCGAGAAUUUGCAUCUUAGCUCUUUCAAGGCAGGAAGUCUUUUGCUUUCUGGUCUCUUCAUAUACGACAUUUUCUGGGUGUUCGCCACUGAUGUGAUGACAUCUGUAGCUAAGGGAAUCGAUGCUCCAAUUCUUUUGCAAUUCCCACAAGAUAUCUUCCAAAAUGGAUGGUUGGAAGCCAGCAAACAUUCGAUGCUCGGUCUUGGUGACAUUGUAAUCCCUGGUAUUUUCAUUGCACUCUUGCGCAGAUUCGACCAACGGUUGGGAGAAAAGUCUGGAGAAAAGGCCAAAGGACCGCUGAAAGGACGUUACUACUUUGCCACUACCAUCAUCGCCUACAUGUUGGGAUUGUUCAUCACAAUGGCUGUGAUGCACCACUUCAAGCGUGCUCAACCAGCGUUAUUGUAUCUUGUACCGACUUGUCUUCUCAUUCCUCUUGUCCUAGCCGUUAUCAGAGGUGAAUUGAGCGAGUUGUGGAACUACGAUGAAGAGCAUUUGAUCGAAAAAGACGAGGAUUCCAAGAAAAAGAAAGUUUCUGAUGACAAAAAGAAAAAU